AUGAAGGAGAUAAUAGAUACAGUUCAAAAACACACUUUGACAUUCCACGAGCGCCGCACUCGAGCCAAUCUCAUCGCUGCAAUCAGCGCAUCCUCAGAUGAAGUCAAAAGCUCUCUUCACGAAGCUUGCCAACGCAAAAGACUCAGGAGAGAUCAAGCAUGCAAGGAUGAGGUCAAAAAAAGAAGGUUAGACAAUGAAGUUUCAUCCAAUCAGACAUCACCUUCUGUUUUGCAAGAUGUAGACCUUCCGCCAUGUUUUUUGAAACCAGUUCAGGAACAUGUUCGUCAACAUUGCAUUGCGCAAUAUCUCACGCGUACUGGUUCAGCCGCUACUCAAUUACAGACCUGUAUGAUUUGUGCAGGCGAAUUUUUUGCAUCAGAGUUGGAAGAGAUUGCAGUGGACGAGAUCCCUCACCAAGAGCUAUUGAGGCCAGCAUUUCCACACCAUACCCAGAGAUUAUUCUCUGGCAUGUUACUUUACAACAAUGCAAUCCAUCUUCAAGAUUCCAUUCCCAAAGGUCAUGCAUGUUCUAAGUGUAUGUCGAUGCUGCGUGGUUCAAAACAGCCACCCUGGUCGUUGUCAAAUGGCUUAUGGAUUGGAGACAUUCCUGUGGAGUUAUCAGCUCUAACGAUCCCAGAACGUCUCCUGGUCGCUCUUCAUUUUCCCUCAGCAUACAUCGUCAAGCUAUUUCCCAAGAAAAAGGGCGCCAAAUUCUGGGACGUCGCCAGUAUCAAUAGUGGCAUUAGAGGCAACGUGUCCACAUACCGUCUCAAUACAUCGGACAUCGCAGACAUGGUCAAUCCAAAAAUUCUUCCACCUCACCCUGCUCUGUUGGCAUCUACUAUUGGCAUCACCAUUGUCGGCCCGCAUAAUUUUCCUCAACAUUCCAUUCCACACAUCCUGACUGUGAAUAGGGCAUGA